AUGGAAGCUGAGGCUUGUAGCCGAGCAUCUAUGAAAAGGAAGAGGCAGGAGGGGGAGACAAACAGUGCAGCAACAUCAUCACCACCGUCCAUGGCGAUGGCGAUGAUGAUGAUGAAUUUGGUACCUGAUCAUAAUGGUGCUCAUUGUGCUAAUAAGAGUAAGGUCGCAGAGCAAAGUGAAGCAGAAGCGAUAGUUGGUGUUGGUGGUGGUGGCGCAGGGCAAGAGGAAAUAGCUAUGGCUACGGCCGGUGGCGGUGGAAUUCCGACGAAUAAUCAUAAUAGGCGGGUGGUGGGUGGUCCUCAAACUCAUCAUCCUCAUCGGAGCCGGAAGCGAUUUGUGGGGGUGAGGCAGAGGCCGUCGGGGCGGUGGGUGGCGGAGAUAAAGGACACGAUACAGAAGAUACGGCUGUGGCUCGGCACCUUUGACACUGCAGAGGAUGCUGCACGAGCUUACGAUGAGGCUGCGUGCAUCCUCCGCGGUGCUAACACGCGCACCAACUUUUGGCCCGCUUCUUCAUCCUCGCCAUCGUCCUCAUCGCCGGCCCUCCCAUCCCGCAUCUCGCGUAUGCUCCGACUCCGCCUCCUCAAGGCCUCCGCCAAUCGCAGCAGCAAUGACACUGCUUCUUCCGCUCUCCUUGAUGAUCACCAACCACCACUAGACAGCCACCACUCUCACCCCCACCACCACCACCAGAGGUGGAGCACAGAUCCAUCUUCAUCAUUAUCGUUGCCAUCAUCGUCAUUGUCAUCAUUAUCAGGCCCACCUCUCGAAGGUUUCCACAACACUGAGGACUAUUUCGAUGUAAAUACUUCUGCUAGUGCUUCUAAUACUACAGGAAGAGGAGUAGUUGCAGCAGUAGCCGAAGACGAAGAAGAAGAAUUCGAAGGAGGAGGAGAAGAGAUGAUGGUGCUAGAUUUUGAGCAUCAGGGAGGGGUGGUGCCAUACCCCUUUGAGAUUGCACAAGAAAUGGCCGGCAUGCCCCUAGAGGUUCAAGAGGAGGAAGAGAUCCCUGUUGUCUCACAAGUCCCUUACAGUGGUGGCGGUGGUGGUGGCGGCGGUGGAGAUGAGGUGAGCAUGCUGAGGGCGAGGUUCAAUUACGAGAGGAACAUAUCCGCUUCACUUUACGCCAUCAAUGGAAUCUCAGAGUUCCUCAGAUACACAAGCAACCUCAGGGGGGACAACUCCGAUAACUCCCAACACCAAUUGCAGCAGCAGCAACAGAUGACGAUCGAAGAAAAUGGCGGCGAUUGCCGAGGGGCCGCUACCGAUACCGAUACCGGAACUUCUCAGAGCAGCAGUGACCAUCAAAUUGUUGUUGAAGGAAGUGAUGUUACUGAAUCAUUUCUAUGGAGCUCUUUGGAUCUACCCCCAAUCUGCUUUGUUACAUAA